AUGCAAGGAUUCUUCUACUGUUACUGUGACAAAUCUCUUCCUGAAGGGACUCUGAAAUGCAGCAAGCUUCACAAGUGUGACAGUGGCACCAGGGUCGGGGUCAAGAGGGUCCUGGGACAGCCCGAGGUCCCUCCCCGUCUGGACCUGCCGAGUUUUGUCAACCGCAGCUUGGUGCUGGGGAAAGUUCGCUGCUUUGGCUUUGACAUGGACUACACCCUGGCUGCCUACAAGUCCCCAGUGUAUGAGGCACUGGCCUUUGAGUUACUGCUGGAGCGCCUGGUGUGCACUGGGUACCCACACGAGAUGCCGCGUUACACCUACGACCCUUCCUUCCCCACCAGGGGGCUGGUGUUUGACGUGCUCUAUGGGAAACUGCUGAAGGUGGACACCCAGGGGAACAUGCUGCUGGGCACCCAUGGCUUCGCUUUCCUCUCGGAGGCAGAGAUCUGGAGCUUCUACCCCAGCAAGUUCAUUCAGAGGGACGACCUGCAGAGGUUCCACAUCCUCAACACACUCUUCAACCUGCCUGAAACCUACCUGUAUGCUUGCCUGGUGGACUCCUUCUCAGGCUGCUCCCGUGACACCAACUGUGACAUUGGCUAUCAGCAUGGGAACGUCUUCAUGUCCUUCUGAAGCCUCUUCCCAGACGUGAAUGAUGCCAUGGAUAAUGUCCACCAGUCGGGCUAUCUGAAGGAGAAGACCCUGGAGGACUUGUACAAAUACGUGGAGAAGGAUGUGCGCAUCCCCAUCCUGCUGGGCAAGACGAAGGAGGUUGGGAAAGUGUUUCUGGCCGCCAACAGCAGCUACAACUACACGGAUGCCAUCAUGACCUACCUAUUUGGAAUUGGUGAGACUGAGGCCUCCGACAGGCCCUGGAGGUCCUACUUAGACCUGAUUGUGGUAGACACACAGAAGCCCCGCUUCUUUGUUGAGGGAAUGGUGCUGAGACAGGUCAACACAGACUCGGGCAAGCUCCCCGUGGGCACCUACACUGUGUGUAGAAACUGUGUGGUUUACUCUGGAGGCUCUUCAGAUGUGGUGUGCGAGCUGCUCAGGGUGCAGGGGAAGGAUGUCCUGUACAUCGAGGACCACAUCUUUGGGGACAUCCUCAAGUCUAAGAAGCGGCAGUGCUGGCGGACUUGCCUGGUGGUUCCUGAGCUGUCCCGGGAGCCGGGCAUCUGGGCCCAAGAGAAGGAGUGGAUGGAGGAGCUGAAGAGACUGGAUGUGCGCCUGGCAGAACUGUACCAGCACAUGGAUGGGAGCAGUUAUGGGCUGCAAGUCAUCAACUCCACCAAGAGGGAGAUUCAGAUGCCCCAUGAGUCAGUUGUGGAGCAAGAAUGAGCCAAACUCGAUCCCUUCUCCUGCCCCCGCUUCUACAGCCAGAGGACUCUUGGCUUCAUAGGGCCAGGUCACACAGCUCAUCGCUGCAUCUCUGGCAUCUACGGUGUCCUGUUUUACUGA